AUCGAUAUUCCUCUUUACUUUGAUGUCUUGUUAAUGACAUUCGUUUGCUGUAUUAAUUUAGCGGCAUAAGCAGAAGAAAACACUAUGUCACGUUUCUUUGCCAACGGCUCCGACUCGGAAUCCGAGUCCAGUGAGGAAGAGGUUCUCGUACAGAACUACAACAAAGCCUCAAAUUUCCAAUUCAGCGAUGACGAGGAAGAAGUUAAGCGUGUAGUACGCUCAACUAAGGAGAAGCGUUAUGAGAACCUUACGGAUAUCAUUAAAACGAUACGCAACCACAAGAAGAUCAAGGAUAUUGCCAACACCUUGAGCAGCUUUGAAGAUUUGACUCGCGCUUACACAAAGGCGUUGCCGGUCAUCUCCAAGGAGGAGAAUGGCAUUACGCCGCGUUUCUACAUACGCUGCCUGGCCGAGCUAGAGGAUUUCAUUAAUGAGGUGUGGGAGGAUCGCGAUGGACGCAAGAAUCUCUCCAAAAAUAACACGAAAUCUCUGGGCACACUGCGUCAGAAGGUUCGCAAGUACAUCAAAGACUUUGAGGAGGAGAUGGCACGUUUCCGCGAAGCUCCCGAUCAGGAGAGUGAUGUCGAAGAAGUCGAAGCUCAAGACAGUGAUGCCGAGCGUGCCGAUGCCGACAGCGAUGAUGGCAUUAGCGCACCCGUCGUUACCAAGCCGGCCGACCAACCCAAGGCUGUGAAAGUGGUAGCAGCCAAGGUGCAAGCGGAUGAUGAUGAUUCCGAUGACUCAAUUGACUGGGAUCCAGAUACCGAAUCGGAGACAGAGUCUUCUGAGGAUGAGAAUCAAUAUCAGAACAUGCGUGAGCGUUUCCUUAAGCGCGCCACCGAAAAAGAAGACAAGGAUGAUGAUAAGCGCAAGGACAAACGUAAGGAGCAGAAGCACAAGAUACGCAAGCGUGCCGAAGAUGAUGAGGAUGGCGAAUGGGAAACGGUUGUCAAGGGAAAUGUGGUGGAGAAGCCCAAGAUGUUCGAAAAGGAUGCGGAAAUUGACAUUCCUCUGGUGCUGGCCAAGCUCAUCGAGAUUAUGUCCGCACGCGGUAAGAAACGUACCGAUCGUCGCCUGCAAAUUGAUUUGCUCUUCGAGCUGCGUGACAUAGCCGAGCUGCAUCAGCUGGGCGUGCCCAUUAGCGUCAAGAUCCACUUUAAUAUCAUCUCGGCAAUCUACGAUUACAACCAGAAGAUAUCAGAGCCCAUGAAGCUGGAGCACUGGGCUUUGUUGUUGGAGGUUAUGCAGAGCAUGAUGAAGAUACUGCUUGUCAAUCCGGACAUAAACAUGAAUGAGAGCGUUGCUGAGGAGCAAGAGGAGUACAACGCCGCGCCUUACUUUAUUCGCGGCUGUCCUCUGGCUGCUGUGGAGCGUUUGGAUGAUGAGUUCACCAAGCUGCUGAAAGAGUGUGAUCCACACUCGAACGACUAUGUGGCCCGUCUCAAGGACGAAGUCAAUGUGGUUAAAACCAUUGAGCUGGUUGUGCAGUACUUUGAGCGUGCCGGCAGCAACAACGAGCGCUGCCGCAUCUAUCUGCGCAAGAUUGAGCAUCUGUACUAUAAGUUCGAUCCGGAGGUGCUUAAGCGCAAGCGCGGCGAGCAGCCCGCCACAGCAGCAACUACAACCACGGCGCCAUCCUCUGUUGAGGUCAUGGACAAGCUCUGCAAGUUCAUUUAUGCCAAGGACGAUACAGAUCGCAUACGUACGCGUGCCAUAUUGGCGCAUAUUUAUCAUCAUGCCAUGCACGACAAUUGGUUCCAGGCACGCGAUCUGGUGCUAAUGUCCCAUCUGCAGGACAACAUUGAUGCCGCGGAUCCAUCCACGCGCAUACUCUAUAAUCGCAUGAUGGCCAAUUUGGGUCUGUGCGCGUUCCGUCAGGAGAAUAUUAAGGAUGCGCAUCACUGUCUGGUCGAUCUGAUGGUUACUGGCAAGCCCAAGGAGCUGUUGGCGCAGGGUCUGCUGCCACAGAGACAGCAUGAGCGCUCUGCAGAGCAGGAGAAAAUCGAAAAACAACGCCAGAUGCCAUUCCACAUGCACAUCAAUCUGGAGCUGCUGGAGUGCGUCUAUUUGGUUUCCGCCAUGCUGCUCGAAAUUCCCUACAUUGCAGCGCAUGAGUUUGAUGCACGUCGUCGCAUGAUCAGCAAAACUUUCUACCAGCAGCUGCGUUCCUCGGAACGCCAAUCGCUUGUUGGUCCUCCUGAGUCCAUGCGUGAGCAUGUUGUGGCCGCCGCGAAGGCUAUGCGUUGCGGUAACUGGCAGGCUUGCGCCAAUUUCAUUGUCAACAAGAAAAUGAACACCAAGGUGUGGGAUUUGUUCUAUGAAUCCGAUCGAGUUCGUGAAAUGCUGGUCAAGUUCAUCAAGGAGGAGUCACUGCGCACGUAUCUGUUCACGUACUCGAAUGUCUACACCUCUAUUAGCAUACCCUCGCUGGCCCAAAUGUACGAACUUCCGUUACCCAAGGUGCACUCCAUCAUAAGCAAGAUGAUCAUCAAUGAGGAGCUGAUGGCUAGCUUGGAUGAUCCCACCGAAACGGUGGUCAUGCAUCGUUCGGAGCCAUCGCGUCUACAGGCGCUGGCCAUGCAAUUUGUGGACAAGGUUACCAAUCUGGUGGAUGUCAACGAAAAGGUGUUUGAUAUGAAGCAGGGCAACUUCUUCCAGCGCGGCAACAUGGGUAAUCGGGAUCGCGGCUAUAACCGCAAUCAGAACAACCAGGGCGGCAAUUGGGGCGGCCAGCGACGCGACAAUCGCAAUCAACGUAAUCGCAACCAGCGUGGACACCACAAACAACAGCAGCAGCAACAACAACAACAGCAACAACAAGUGCAAACCAUUGAGGAGGAGUAGACGGAGCCAAGGCACCAAGUAGCAUUAGCCCAUAAGCAAAUUACAUGGAAAUGAAAAUGAAAAGGCAAUGGCAUCGCGCAAGAGUAGAAAAUGCAACUGUUCAUAGCUGUGCUCAGACCUCCGAUUCAGCUUAUAAACUGAAUCGGAGGUCUGCACCCACUCAACAGUUGAAGCCAUUGUAACUAAAUUAAUUAUGUUAUUUCGUGUAAAUGUUUAAAUGCUUAAAUGCCUAAAAACACACUUUAUAAAUGAUAAAUGCGAAAAUCUAUGAUUAAAAAUAUAAACCGUAAAG